AUGAGGAAAGAAGUGGAAAUUUGUAAAGUGACAAGCUCAUGGAUGAGGAAGGAGGAAUAUUGUAAAGUGACAAGCUCAUGGAUGAGGAAGGAGGAAUAUUGUAAAGUGACAAGCUCAUGGAUGAGGAAAUUUGUAAAUGAUAAGCUCGUGGACGAGAAAGUGGAAAAUGUGUCAAGUGAUAAGCUCGUGGACGAGAAAGUGGAAAAUGUGUCAAGUGAUAAGCUCGUGGAUGGGGAAGUGGAAAAUGUGUCAAGUGAUAAGCUCGUGGACGAGAAAGUGGAAAAUGUGUCAAGUGAUAAGCUCGUGGAUGGGGAAGUGGAAAAUUUGUUAAGUGAUAAGCUCGUGAAUGAGGAAGUGGAAAAUGUGUCAAGUGAUAAGCUCGUGAAUGAGGAAGUGGAAAAUGUGUCAAGUGAUAAGCUCGUGGAUGAGAAAGAAGGUGGAAAUGUGUCAAUAGAUAAGCUCGUGGACGAGGAAGUGGAAAAUGUGUCAAGUGAUAAGCUCUCAAAUAAUGGAGAAAAUGAAAGGAACCGGUAUGAGUUUUAA